AGUCGGGGCCAGCCUUAUAAUCUGUGAGGUGACGAUGUCGUGACGAGAGCGAUUAUGGGGAACGCUCAGAUCAAACCCCAUCCCCAUCCCCGGCAGCGGAACAAGAAGCAGGUGCAUUGGAAGGCUGCAGCCCGGCCGUACGCCCCGGGAAAACCGCACCUCGUCCCCGACGCGGAGCCCGCCCCCGACCUGGUCACCAUCCGCUGGUCCAAGCCCAUCAGCGACGGCGGCAGCCCCAUCUCCGGCUACCUCGUCGAACACCGGCGCUCCGGCUCCCCGCAUUGGGUCCGCGCCGCGCCGCACCUCGUCCCGCUCCCCGAGCUCACCGUCACCGGCCUCGAGCCCGGCUGGCGCUACCAAUUCCGCGUCAGCGCCCAGAACGCCGUCGGCCUCUCCGACCCCAGCGACCUCUCCGAGCUCAUCACCGUCACGCUACAGCGCUGCGCCGUCGCGGCGCCGCGCGUCACCCAGGAGCUCCGCGACACCGUCGCCUUGGAGAACGCCAAAGCCGAGUUCGUCGUCCACUUCCUGGGCCAGCCGGCGCCGAAGGUGAGCUGGUACAAGGACGCCUUCGAGAUAUUCAGCAGCCGCCGCAUCCGGAUCCUCACCGAGCCCGAUCGGAGCGUGCUAACUAUCCACCAGACGGCGCUGGCCGACGAGGGGGAGAUCAAGUGCACGGCCACCAAUCGCGCCGGUCACGUGUCGACCAAGGCCAGGCUGACGGUGAACGCGCCGCCCACCGUCCGGCUGCCCAGGCAGUACGAGGACGGGUUGCUGUUCGAGAUCGGGGAGUCGAUGCGAUUGAAGGUGUCGAUCGCCGGUCGGCCGGCUCCGUUGGUGUUUUGGACGCACGACGGGGAGUCGAUCAAAACGCACGAAAUCGAGCACGUCGACGGCGCUUCCGUGCUGAAAAUCGACGACGCCAAGCGCGAGGAUCGCGGCGAGUACGCCGUCAAAGCGGUGAACAAACUGGGCGAGGAUGUCCAGUCGUUUUUGGUGACCGUCACCGACAAACCGUCGCCGCCGGGUCGAGCUAGAGUCGUGAUGGCUCUGGGGAAAUCGGUGACCUUAUCGUGGAGCACUCCGCAGGACGACGGCGGUUGUAAAAUAGGCAAUUACAUCGUCGAGUACUUGAGGUUGGGAUGGGACGUGUGGUUGAAAGCGGCCACCAGCAGACAACUCACCACUACCGUAGGCGAUUUGAUCGAAGGCAGCGAAUAUAAAUUUAGGAUCAAGGCGGAGAGUCCGUACGGCAUCAGCGAGCCCAGCGAGGAGACCCAAGUGGUGUUCAUUCCCGACGCCAAAAGAGGCAUCCUGCAACCGCCGCCGCGAGCUAGAAGUCAAUCGAGGGAGCUCGAAGCGAACAACCGACAGAGAUCUUCGUCCGCUCUAACGCCGGAGCCUCCCAAGCGCCCGGCGAGGACGAAAGCCAAAACGCCGGAAGCGUCUCCUCUGCCGAGCAGAAGAGAGCAGGCCAAGCGCGACGUCGAAACCAAACUGAACAAAGAAAUAUUCGAACGCUCCGACCGGUCUUCGAUGGCCAGAGACCUGGCCUACGGAAGUCCCGACAUCAAAAUCAAGAAAGACCUGCAAUCGUUAGAGGCCAGCACCGUCUCGAGCGGCUCCGACCACUCGAGGACUCCUAGUCCUAAUACGAGGCGAUUCAAAGUCACCAUCGAGCCUCCACCGCAACCGACGAAUAGCGAGAGAACCCCGCCGGACGCCCCGGCCAGUCCAGAGAUGAGGAAAUUGAGGCUAUCCAGGGAAAACAGCGAAAACUUAACCGGCAGCUCCGAGUUCAUGCUGGUGCUCUAUCCCGAUGACAAUCAAAAAGGUCAUAGAGAGUACGAUUUCUCUGAAGCCUCGGUACCGCCGCCGAUGUCGCUGUCCGCCCCCGAACUGGGAGCCGCCGGGCCGAUUUUCAACCCGCUCAAGACGAGCGCCAGUUCCUCGGAAAUUCUCCACGAGCGGGCGACGAGCCGCUUGUACGAGGCGGCCAAGGCGGAGGAAAAGGAGCUGGAGAAGCGCCGGAGGUCCGUAGAGAGCAAGGGUAUCAACAUCGACAUACCGAAGAUCCAGGUGAAUUCGAUGGACCGGGAACUGGGUCGGCUGCAAUCGGUGAAGAGGAGAUUGUCGGGCGGUACGACGCAGCAGCUCCGGUUGAGGCGGCGGUUUUUCAACGACGAGGAGGCGACGAAGUCCGAUUUGAGCCGGGAGGAGAAGCGGGCGAUUAUGAUGAACAGGCAGCGAUCGGAGUCCGAGGAAAUGGAGGAGAAACUCUUCGAAGGUAUAAGGAACAAAAUGGCCUUGGAGACGCAAUCCAGCACGGAGAAGCGAAAAAUCCACGUAGCGGAUGAAGAAAAAUGGGACGAAGAUUACAUAUCCAGCACGGAGGAGUCCUCUUACGAGGAGGAGGACGAGGAGAGCCUGCGCAGGAAAUUGUACAAUUACAGCGACGAAGAGGAGGAGGCCGAGGAUCGAACGUACCAUCCGCAAGGAUUGAAAAUGCUGAGCGAUGCUGAUAAGGAACCGUUCGAAAUUCUGACUAAAAAGAAGGAACCUCCGAGUCCGGACUUCGUCCCUAAACCGAUUUUGAAGAAAGCCGACCCGACGGCUCUCUCUCCGCCGACUUCACCCAAAUCGAAGCGAUCCCUUUCCCCGAUUCCCCCGAGCCUCCUCAAAAAAGACAUAUCCCUAGCCGAAGCCUCACUUAACCUUCCUCUACUCCAAAGAACGAUUCCGGAAGAAGAGGUGUCGACACCGACGUCGAGACAGCGAUCCGCUUCGCUUACCUACCAAAACGACUCUUUCUUCAACGACAUACAACCACCUCCGCAACCGAGACAAAGAGCCACGUCCUUGCUACCCCAAGUGGAACUGUUCCAGCAAUCGCUGAUCGAAGAACAGCCUCCAAUCAAACGGGAAAGAUCGUUCUCUUUGAUCCCCAACGAGGAGAAGAGCAUCGACGUGGCGCCGGAGAGUAUUUACAGCUCCGAGAAGCCCGCCAUGUCGUUUCUGAUGCAAACCAUCUCGGCGGCUGCCACCAUAACGGGCAUAACCGCCGCCAGCAUCGUCAUUCCCGACAGGCUGAUAGAGAAAAGAAAAGACGCCGAGGAAGCCAAAGUAGUGGCGGAUCAUUACAGUGAUAUAGUCAAAAGCUACGGCAACAAGAAGAGGAACCCGUUCGUACACAAAAGCCGGGAAUCUCUGCAGAGACUGGACGAGAGCAGGGAAGAAUUAUCUGCUAAAACGAAAGAUGAUAAUAAACCCGGCGUUAAUAAUUACCACGAUCCGUAUUCAGCUUACAGUAGCAGGAAUUUAACAUCGCCGGUUAGAGUUGAAAGUAAGUCGAAUGUUGCUACCCAGGAAUCGAUGCAGACUUCAACUGUAACAUCAUCGCAAGCAGUAGAAGCUAAAUUAACGAAAACUCUAUCACCAGAUCGUACGAAAGACAGCAGGAUAUCCUCUCAAUCAGAUGAAAACUAUAAAAUACCUCAAAGUGACAGAGCAUUAUCUCCUACAUCAUCGAGUAGAACCAGGAAAGCAUCACCCUCAAACUCACCAGCAUCUUCAUCUAAACCUUUCUCACCAGAGCGAUUCCAUCGUAACGACAGAAAAGAGAAAACCCCAUCGCCGUUGAGACCGAACAGAUCCAGGACAACCUCUCAAUCCUCCGACAAAGGCAGCUUGCCUAGAACUCCUCCGGCUUCCUCGGCCCUCCGAAGCACCAGAGCGUCCCCGUCGAAGAGAAAAACCGCCUCUCCUUACCCCGCCAACAGGAGGACAUCGCCGUCGCCGAUGCGCCGCCCGCGGCCCCCCAAGCUGCGGGAGAUCACCACCCAGACGUCCGAGGGGCUGGGCUCGUUCGAGGGGCCGCGGGCCGAGCUGCUGCUGGCCGAGACCGAGGUGCGGGUGCACCGGUUCGUGGACUACCUCACGGAUCUGGCGGUGUUCGCGGUGGCCUGCUGGUUGUAUUUGUUCGAGAGCGAGCUGCUGGCCAUUCCGGUGCUGCUGGUGCUGGUGUUCAGGCAGCUGCAGGCGGAGGUGGGGAAGCGGAUACCCGGUUGGAUGAAGAGGUUGGCGCGGAGGAUGCGCCGGCGGAAGGGCGAUUGAGCGAUUUUUUUUUGAUACGCCUCUUGUAAUAUUAUAAAUAAGUACUUUUUAAUUUGUGUUUUAUAAUAAGUGUAGUAAUUAGUGAAAUAAAUUUACUUGUAAUCAGGGGCCUGUUUCGUAUAACUGACA